AUUUUGGAAACAUUUUUCAUUUCUCGCUCUCCCUGCCCUUAAUUUCUCAUCCACUGUCCACUCCUGCCUCCAGGUCUCUCUCUCUCUCCAUAAGUUUUGUCAACUGUUUUAUAACAUUCAAAAAAUAACAAACCAACAAACUAUACCAUACACACAAGCGAUUAGCGCAUUAUACAUCACAGCCCAAAUUUCUCUCUUCUCCGAUCUCAUCGUUUCUCCCUCUCUCCUUCCUUUUCUCUUCCUUUCUGUCUGAUUAUCUUUGGGUUAGCGUUUUGUUGUUUUCUCCAAGAUAAACAAGGGCAGAGAUGGGGCAACAGUCUCUAAUCUACAGCUUCGUCGCUCGAGGCACGGUGAUUCUGGUGGAAUAUACGGAGUUCACCGGGAAUUUCACCAGCAUCGCCUCUCAAUGCCUCCAGAAACUUCCCUCUUCCAGCAAUAAGUUCACCUAUAACUGCGAUGGCCACACCUUCAAUUACCUCGUUGAAAACGGCUUCACCUACUGUGUGGUUGCAGUUGAAUCUGCUGGCAGACAAAUCCCAAUUGCCUUUCUGGAGCGAGUUAAGGAGGACUUCAACAAAAGAUAUGGUGGAGGGAAAGCUGCAACUGCUAAGGCCAAUAGCCUGAACAGAGAGUUCGGAUCCAAACUGAAGGAUCACAUGCAGUAUUGUGUGGAUCAUCCUGAAGAGAUCAGCAAGCUUGCCAAAGUGAAGGCUCAGGUUUCUGAAGUUAAGGGCGUGAUGAUGGAAAACAUUGAGAAGGUUCUUGAUCGCGGUGAAAAGAUUGAGCUGCUGGUGGAUAAAACUGAGAACCUUCGCUCACAGGCACAAGACUUCAGACAACAGGGAACUAAGAUGAGAAGGAAGAUGUGGUUUCAGAAUAUGAAGAUAAAAUUGAUUGUUUUGGGUAUUAUCAUUGCCUUGAUUCUGAUUAUAGUGUUAUCCAUUUGUCAUGGAUUCAAAUGUUAAUCUCUCUUGAUUUUCAUUGGAUGCUAUUGCUAUCCUUGCUGCCAAGCUGACUGGAUUGUCUGAUUAAAUUGGUUCACAUUCUUCUGAUAAUCCAUCUUGCAGAUCUCUCUUUACAGGGUCUUUUUGGUUACGCCUUCCCCCUAGUGUUAGCCUUAAGGGAUGUGAGAAGGUUUAUAUCUUGGAUUGGUUGUAUAGGUUAUAUGUUGAACUUCACCUGGUAGAUAUUUUUUUUGCCCUUAAUAUUCGUUUAAGAUGUAAUGGAGGACACCUAAUGCCUGCAGUUUAGAUUUCCCUUUUGGAAUGCUAUUAAUGUAUUUGUCUUUUUGAUA